UAUUUACUGAUUUCAAGAUUUUUACCCGAUUUUUAUCCUUCUUUUAUUUGUUCUCCUUAUUUAUGUUUAUUUUAUCUAAAGCAUUUUAGAAAUAGUACUAAUUUCCCAAUUUUUAUCGUAUCUCUAUCUUUCUUUUAGUAUUUCCUUUCUUUAUCUACUUGUUCUGUAAAAUUUAUACUUGAAAGACAACUGUAAUCCAAUUGAAAUUUUGACAUUUUAUUUUAUAAAUUUAAAAAAUUAUUAUAUUCACGUGUAUACAUCUUUUACGGUUUAUGAAAGUUAUUAUUUUUUUAAACAUAACAUAAUUAUAGAAUAUACAUAUUACAUAUUAAUACAAUGUGUUACUAUCAUUUUUAAUAUUUUUGCAUUUAUCAAAAGUUUCUAUGUGUAUGUAAAGGAUAGGCAUGUAUUUGAUAAGCAGUUUUUCUAUUAUUAAAUAUCACAGAAAACAUUUUAUAAAAUAUUUCAGUACUAUGGAAAAUCCAUUAGUUGCAGUAUGUCAAAUGACAUCAACAAAUGAUAAAGAAAAAAAUUUGCAAACUGUACGUGAACUUACUGAAAAAGCAAAACAUAGGGCAGCUUCUAUUGUAUUUUUUCCUGAGGCAUGUGAUUAUCUAGCAGAUAGUAAAAAGGAUACAAUAGCUAUGGCUCAAACUUUGAACGGAUCAACAGUGACAAGUUAUAAAGAAAUUGCAAAAAUAAAUAAAAUUUGGCUAUCAUUAGGUGGAAUUCAUGAAGCAUUGGAUAACAAUAGAGAACAUAUAAGCAAUACACACAUUUUAAUAAAUAGUGAAGGAGAAAUUGUCAGUACAUAUCGUAAAAUACAUUUAUUUGAUAUGGAUAAUAAAAAUACUGGAGUUAGAUUAAUGGAAUCAGAUUAUGUUUUACCAGGACAAAAGAUUGAAUCACCUAUAUCAACACCAAUUGGUAAAUUAGCACUCAGUAUUUGUUAUGAUAUGCGUUUUCCUGAAUUAUCUCUUUCAUUGAGAAAUAUGGGAGCAGAAAUUUUAACAUAUCCAUCAGCAUUUACAUACCAAACAGGUGCUGCACAUUGGGAAAUAUUAUUACGUGCAAGAGCUAUAGAAACACAGUGUUAUGUUGUGGCUGCAGCUCAAACUAGUAUACAUAAUAAAAAAAGAGUGAGCUGGGGUCAUGCAAUGGUUAUUGAUCCAUGGGGAUCUAUAAUAGCGCAAUGUAGUGAAAAAACUGAUAUAAUUUUAGCAGAAAUUGAUUUAAACUUAUUAAAACAAAUUCGACAAAAUAUGCCAUGUGAAAAUCAUCGUCGAACAGAUUUGUAUCCCAAAUUAGAACCUUUAUAAUCUUUAAUAUGUAUAAAUUUAUGUAUAAAUAUAUUUAAAUGUAUAAUUAUAUUUAAAAUUGUAUAUAAUUAUAUUUAACAUUUAUUUAUUAUUUAGUUUUAUAUAUAAACAAAUAUUCGUGGUGAGCUUAAUAUUGUAAAUAAAGUAAAAAGAGAUUGAAAUGUAAUAA